AUGUCGUCCGUGUCGGCCUUGGUUAAGGCCCAUUGGCUCCGUCAGCUGAUGCUCCAAAGCCCAAAACAUCUUCGAAUUUUAGACGCGUCUUUGCAACUCUCAAAAGAAAACCGCGAUGCAAGACAAGAGUUUCUCGCCCAUCGCAUUCCAGGGGCCAAGUUUUUCGACGUUAAUGAAUGUGCAGAUAAGUUCUCACCCUACGCGCAUAGUCUGCCAAAUGCCGAAGAAUUCGCAGACUGCAAACGAAAACUUGGAAUCCGCAAUGAUAGUCACGUUGUUGUCUACGAUAACAACGAAAAAGUCGGUCUUUACUCCGCGCCUCGAGCCUGGUGGAUGUUUCGUGCAUUUGGUCAUCAUCGGGUGUCAGUUUUGGACGGUGGGUUUCCUCGCUGGUGCGCGGAAGGUUUUCCAAUCGAAUCGGGCCCAGAAAAAAACACAGCAGCGGUCCAAGGUACUUAGUAAAUCUUAGCCUGACUUGAGAUCAUCCUUAGCCUGUUCACAGACCAUCUGUUUUUCUCUUCAAAGUACGACGAGCGCGGGUGAUAAAAUAUAACCCGCAGGGGAUUUAUUGACCGCCAACGCAGGGGGUAAUGGUGGGGGAAGAAGUUCUUUAUUUUUCUUUCUCGCGCUCCGCGCUCGCUCUCGCGCGCUUGCUUUGCUCGCAAGCUCGCCGACGUUUUUGAAAAGAACGAAAAGAAAAAUGAAACAACGUCUGUGUUCAGGCUAGAUCAUCCUAGUCUGCUACACAGCCGUUUUUGUGUCGUCACGCAACGCUGUUCCCCGCGUGACUACCCUAAAAAGGGCUGUGUAGCAGACACGGAUGUAAUUUUUGCCGUUCGGCUUGCGUUGCGCAAAACCGCCUAUGAGGGGGAUGGAGGUGUAUUCCCAGAAAUUUGGACGAUGUGGCAUGCCAUCAGGGGACCAAAAUAUGUGAUUUCCUCUACCCUAUUUUCAGAUUUAACGCAAACGCGUGAACAGACAACCGCGUAUACAGCGUCUUCGCAGUUCCCCUUGACCCGAUUUGGGGGAUUGGACUGGUUGCAGCAUGUGCGCUCCAACAGAUAAUAGGGACUUUAAGAUCCGAGACGCGACGGCUGUAAGACGCGACAGGAAGUAGAUUUUCAAAGAGGAGACAUGUUGCGCAUGCUCAAGCCGUUGUCCUGGUGUCACCACGUCGCGUCGAGAACGUGGGUUUUGCGUGUUUGACGUUCUGUACAAAACGUGAGUAUAUUUGUUCCUGUGCUUAACUUAAAUGAUGGUAUAUUCCUCUAAACAUGUAACAUCAGCCUUCUAGGAUCAUUGGACGUAAUUUCUGGCGACAUUUUAGAUCGCAGAGAUGGAACGAUUUCAGAUUAUUUUUAAAUUUCUUUCAGGUGUACGAAGCUUAUAAAAUGGCAGCGCCUUCGACUUCGACUUCGAGCGAGGCUUGCAAGUAAGUCACGAGCUAAAACUGCAAAUAGUGAAUGCAGGAGUCUUCUGCAUACUCUUCUCGUCUCUUGUACCGUUGCAAUUCUCGAUUUAUUGCGUUCAUCUACGGCUAAAAGCCAAUUUUAAGCCUGUAUUAUUUAAUUUAAUUUUAUUAAACUGUGUGUGUUUUUAUGCUUCUCUUUAGUUCAGUAAUGUUUUGGACUCAUGAUCAUGAAGCCAUUCUAUGCAGAGAAGCCGUCAAUGUAAAUCCCUACACAACUAAGAAAGGGUCAACACAAAGAAGUAGAAUGUGGGAAAAAAUAGCAGAAAACUUGAACAAAUUCACUGUGCCGAAAUUCAGGGUUGAUAAGCGAUCAGUCCGAGACCACGUGGGAAUCCUUGUUUACAAGCAUAACAAGAAACUUCUAGCGGAGGAAAAAGCAACUGGGAUAACUCCCGAUGAGCCAACGGAACUAGAAAACCUAUUGGGUAUGAUCAUCGCGUUGGAGGAAAGUGGCGAAGCGGAAUUACAGGAAACACAGGGAAAAGCUAGCAAAAAACGUCAAUACGAUCGGGCUAAAGUGAAAGAUGUUAGACUAAAAGCGAUGGAGAAGCUGUCAGAGACGAAGAAAAGAGGUUCAUCAGAGGAUGAAAGCCAUGACAAACCGAAGCGUCAACCAAGAAGUGGAGGUGAUGCUAUCGAACAAAGCACAAACAAAGCAUUUCUUGGACUUUCUUAAAUAAUGCCAUGGCUAUUUCUGCGAAAGAAUCGCCGAAGAAUCACACUGAUAAAGAGCGGUUUGCAGCCGCGUCGUCUUGCAUCGCGACAGAGAUCUUAACUUUACUUUUCGCGCGCAAACGACGGCGUUCUACAGGUCCAGUCCUUUAUCAGCCACCGCGUUCUAGAAGUCGUCGCGUCUCAGAUCUUAAAGUCCCUAAUGUCAGUCACAGAGCGUCCUUUCCCUCUCUCUCCCCAAUCCCCCUUCCCAUUCCUCUUCCAAGUCCCUCACCCCUUUCUACGCUUGCAGGCCAAAGAAAGAGCGGGCGCGCAAGAGGGAGACACGCGUGUCUUCGUCUCGCGGGCUCGUUCCUUCUUGCGUCCACUACUUCCCACUACUUCCCAGAAGGGUAGGUAAUUCAUAUAUGAUUUAUAUUAUUAUGUACCUAAACUUACCUAUUAUAUCCAUUUAUAUAUUAUUAUUAUACUAUAAUACACCUAUACACCCCUAUACAUCACCAUACACCCCUAAACAUCACCAUACACCCCUAUACAACACCAUACACCCCCAUACAUCACCUUAUGUAUAGUACAAUAAUAAAAGGUAUGUUUAGGUACAUAAUAAUAAUCAUAUAUGAAGUACCUACCCCCAGAAGCUGCUUGGGUUUGCGGCAACACACUUCUUCCUUCAACCUUCCAGGGCAAAACUCUUGUAAUAUGCUUCUCAACUUAAAACUUUUUCCAGUCCGUUAAAUGACGGGUUUUGCGUGAGAAAGGUGCCGACUAAAAGAACCAGCUAUAGUUUUCAGCUGAGUUUUCUUUACGAGGUGUUUGUGCAUUAACAGGAAUCAGCUGGGGAAAAGCCUUGUACCAGAAUAAUUUAAAGAAUAUUGCAUUCUUUUUUGCAUUUUUUCAAGGGCUAAAGAUGUAAUUUAUAGUCCAAAGAAAAUUUCUCAUGGGAGUCCGAGAAAAUGAAUGUCAAAUUUCACAAGAGUUGUGAAAACACAGGUAACGUUCUGAAAAUUUCAUGUGUAAGAUCAAGAGAGAAUGAGCUAUCAUUCUCUCUUGGUAAGAUGUAAUUUUGUGAAAUUUGACAUUCAUUUUCUCGGGCUGUCGUAAGAAAUUUUAUUUGGUGUUAUUCGCCUGCCUGACUAAUUACAAUAUGCUUUAAAUUAUUCUGGUACAAGGCUUUCGUCUACAAAAAAUUAAAAUUACUUAAUUUCCUGGUGGAUUACGUCUUAAAGUGUUUUCCCUAAGUAAUCAUUCUCGGUUUCCCACCUUUUCUCGCUGUCUUAGGUCAUUAUUUUCCUGUAAACGGCGUUGUCAUAGGCGUACGGGCCGGGGGGGCGAGGGGGGCUGCAGCCCCCCCAAAUUUUGGGCAACUCAGAUUUUUUGGGCAGCAAGAGAAAAUUUGGGCAAAGCUAUUUUUUAAAGACGUUUCCGUGUUUUUUUAUUAGUUUAAAGAGACAAAUAUUUUCUAUUUUAAUCUGAAAAAAAAAUCCUGAAGUCAGCGUAAUAAUCCAGUUAUAUUACAUUCUCUCGAGACACUCACAGUGGUUGCUGAGCACGUGAUGAGUUUCUGGUUAUAGCGAAGGGUAUCAUUUGUUGAUUUACAUAUUUAAAGUUUUUUAUCGUUGAGCACUGUCCUGCACUGCACUGACUGGAAUGGGCUCUUUCCAGUCGUGAAUUGAUUAGAAUAAGCUUCCGCAUAUAUUUCUAGAAUCAUCUCCGCCCGUAGAACAGUGUAUGGCAGAGAGCAUCAGCAACAGUGGGUGUGAAAAUGAAGAAGUGGCUGACGAGUAUUCGACUCGAAUUACGAGAAGAAUAUUUUUUUGUUUAAUAAUCUAUCAAGCAAUAAUUUAUUAAAGUAAACCGAAAUGUUUACAAAACCGCUAACAAGAGCGCCUCGAUACAUACUGAUGAAAUGGAAUCCUUCUCUCUAGCGAUCGGCCGGAGCUAUCUCCAUGACAUUUUACACACGUUUUUAAAACGAUUGAAGCUACUAUGAGGUGAAAUUACAUGUCAAAAGAGAUUCGUUUUCUACAGAUAACGGCCAAACAUCAAGAUUUUUUUUAGCAUAUUUCUAAAACUUCAUCCCAAAAUAUCCCGAUAACUCUUUUAUAGAUUCCGUUUUAACUUCACGAACAUCGAGGCGACUAUUGGAGAAAAAAGUUGCUGUGAAGAUUUUGUAGGAACAGUUCCCAGUGCCAAGAAAUAUUGCUGCAAGUAAAAUAGACAAUGGCAUCAUUUCGUUGCUAUGACAACUCCGAUGUCAUUAAAACCCUAUGAUAAAUUUUCAUCUAUAUCUAAUAAAACUAUGGUAGCAAUUUUUCCAAAUGUUUGUCUAUGGCGACGUAGUUAUGCUCAAAAUUGGGAGGUAUUGACCCUGAAAAACUGUUACAGUAUCGAGCCACCUUCAUAUGCCAGUACGGCCUACGUUGUUGCAUCGUAUGGCCCUCGUUUCCCUUUCUACUGUUUCGUAAAAAUUUGGGCAACUUGCGAGAAUUUUUGGGCAAAUAGUUUACCGCCCCCUGGCCAAAAAUUGCCCGUACGCCUAUGGGCGUUGUAGCUCUAAUACUGAAUAACGCCACUAAGAGGCAAAAGUACUGGGCAAGAUUCAUUGUAAAGCCUCAAGAUGAGAGCUGUAUGUGCGCCUUCAUUUUAACAGUUUAAGUUUAGGUGUCCAAGAACUCAUAAAAUUCAUUUAAAAAAAUUUGGGGAGAGGGUGGAUUGCCCGGAACAUCCCCCAGGAUCCACACUGGAAAUUGGGUCCUGCUAUUAGUCAUAACCAACCACCUCUUUUCGGACCAAAUUUUUCAAAAGAGUUGGUGAUAGAAACGAAAGGUUUAGUAAGCGUGGCCUAAAUAAGUAAAAAAUGUCAUUGAAUUAUAGCUUGCCUGACUGGUUUAGCCGGCACUUUAUUUUACAGGUGAUGAGUCAUACCGAGCCAUCUUGAAUACCGACAUCCUCUGUAACUUUGAUUUCGUGAAAGCCAAUAUAUCACAGCAAACCUACCAAGUAGCUGAUGCAAGGUCCCCGGAACUGUUCCACGGUUCUGAAACAGAGCCACACCCAAAUCUUCCAUCAGGUCAUAUCCCACAUGCUAUUAACUUUCCUUACACCAAGUGUCUGAAUCCUGAAACAAAACUCAUGAAAACUCCUGACGAGCUAAAGAAAUUGUUCCAAGACGCAGGAAUUGAUCUUGACAAACCCCUGAUUGUAUCCUGUGGAUCUGGGAUUACAGCAUGUGUGGUAGCCUUCGCUUCACAUCUUUGUGGAAAGACGGACACCAUAGUGUAUGAUGGCUCAUGGGAGGAGUGGCGUCAGCGGGCUUCUUCCGAUUUGAUUGAAAAAGAUGAAAAACAGGCUUCGAGUAGCAUUUACCAAGAGAGAAAAAAGGGUUAA